AUGAGAAAGAAUGAACUCAAUGCAACCACCUGCCCAAACUGCAAUGAGGAAGUUCUGGCAAGGAGCCAGGUUGGUCCCAGGGUCACAACAAGACAUACAAAGGUAGAGAAGAAGCCCAGCAGUGCAGAGAAAACUGCAAGUCCGGAACAAAUAACCUCGGCCCUUCCUCUUGGAGUGAUAGCUUUGAAGAAGAGGCUGCCCUGGCAAACGGCAAAACAGGCACAGCGAAACUCACGGAAUGGUGAUAAAACUCCAGGCCCACCCCCACACUCCACAAACAACUACGGACCCGAUGGACUCAGACACAGAGAUGAGACUGAAAGAAGAAAACAAAACCAGCUGAGAGGAAGAAGCCAGAAAUGA